AUGGACAGUGGUUAUAGAGAAGUGGAAGAUGAGGUCGGUAGACAGACGUACACUGUGGGAGACAAAUGCGGCUCUUUUGUAGUGAUGCCUCAAACGUUGGAUAAGGCAAUAGCCGUCCAAGUGCUCUCGGAUACAUCUGUAUAUGAAGAAAGUACUUUGGCAGCGUUCGAAUCGGUAUGUAGAAAAGUCAAAAAUGUUAUAACGUCGAUAGUGAAGAAACGUAUGAGCUCGGAAAUGGCAAAACGAUUGCAUGGUAUGGUUCCUGUAGUGCCAACGCUAUAUAAUUUGGUGAAGACGCAUAAAAUUCCAUCCACGGCUCAUAUAAUGUCCCUGCAGCUUAACGAACUCGCCGCACCAUUCUACCAGCGGAAGCAGGAGCACCAGGCGCCUCUGCUGUCAGGAGGUCGUGAAGCAUUAGAAGGAACACCACCGCCACUGUUAGGAGCUUCACCUUUGAAUGGAGCACCUUUGAAAGGUGGAGCACGUGCUCCACCUGGAGAGGUGGCUGCAGUGAUAGCUUCUGAAGCAAUUCCUGCGGUGGCUCCAGUGACCGCGGUGGUGGCUGCUGCGGAGGUUCCUGGUGUGGCUGCUGUGGUGGCUUCAGGGGUGGCUGCAGUGAUAGCUUCUGAGACAAUUCCUGCGGUGGCUCCAGUGACCGCGGUGGUGGCUGCUGCGGAGGUUCCUGGUGUGGCUCCUGUGGUGGCUUCAGGGGUGGCUGCGAUGGUAUCUUCUAAGGCAGUUCCUGCGGUGGCUCCACUCGAGACCGCAGUGGUGGGUGCUGCGGGGGUUUUUGGUGUGACUGUUGCGGUGGUUCGUGAUGUGGCUUCUGCAGUGAUUCUUGGUGUGGCUGCUGUGGUGGCUUCAGGGGUGGCUGCAGUGAUAGCUUCUGAAGACAAUUCCUGUGGUGGCUCCAGUGACCGCGGUGGUGGCUGCUGCGGAGGCUCCUGGUGUGGCUCCUGUGGUGGCCUCAGGGUGGCUGCAAUCGUAGCUUCUGAGGCAACUUUUACGGUGGAUCCCAUGGUGACUGCUGUGGUGGCUGCCGCGGUAGUCUCUGGUAUGACUCGAGUGGUGGCUCCACUGGUUGCUGCGAUGUUCAACGUACCACUCUACCAGCAUAAGGAGGAGCACCAGCACCACCACCGGCAUCGGGAGGAGCAUCGCCUUCGGGAGGAGGAGCACCGCCUUCAGGAGGAGCGCCGCCUUCGGGAGGAGGAGCACCACCUUCGGGAGGAGGAGCACCACCUUCGGGAGGAGGAGCACCAGCUCAUCGAAAAGGCCCUCGACAGCCGUCCAAAUCAGCUGCAAGUAGUUAUUGCAGAACAAAUUCAAUGGACGAAUGCUGGGUUGGCCUACCUUGAAUCCGACUCGUUGGCCAAUAACCGAUGA